CCCGCCUAACCUCUCUUUCACAAGGCAUAAACGGAUUAAAAAUUGUAAAAGAGGGUCAAGCGAUUAUUUUGGCAAUGGUGAGUGCGUGGACGCGCCCGUAAAGCAAGGGAAUGUGCGAGAGCGCCCGCGUACGCCGGACGUAAGUGCACGUGUGCGUUUGGCCUAGUGAGGCAGCAGGCUAGGCGCCAGUGCUGUGUGGUUGUCAAGGAGAAUGGAGCGGGAUGGCGCACUUCGCCGCACGUAAGUAGGAAAGUUUGGGACACUCCUCGGCCAAAGGAAAUUGAUGUAAUCUGAGACCGAAUUUCUCUCCCAUCUCAAAGUGAGAUGGCCACACAUGGCCUCCAGUGGACUUGACCGCUCAAAGUUGAGCACUACCUCUAAAUCGAAUGGUGAUGCCAGUACAGAUGCGCCUUUGACUAAACGCUCUAAUCAGUUCUCUUUGCGCUCACUGGAGAAGAGGUUUAGAUGUACUGUACAUCCUCUACCACCCCUGAACUAUCGCCAUGGAACACCUAAUAAUGUGAGAGUUCUUCCAGAUCGGAUCCAUGUAUUCUCAGGAAUUUCUUCACACCCAAACUACCUCACAAAUAAAAGCACAUUAAGUGGCAAUGUUGCCAGUAGUCCACAAUUAGUUACAAACGCUGCACAAAAUUCCGUUGAGUCUUCACCACUUUUUGAAAACCUCUGCCUUUUUGAACAGACAAUCCAUCGCUGUCGGCUUUACUGGCGUGUGGAGAAUCUCAGGUGUGGAUCUAAAAUUUUGGGCAAGAGGGCAUUUUCCUCACCCCAGCAUAGCUGUUCUGCAUCUCUCAAGGGAAGUCUUACUGUGCAUUCCAGUAGCACGCGAGUUACUUCCUCGUAUUCUCAGACAAGUAGGCCUGAAGUUAAGAGGAAUGUCUUCAUGAGACCUACCAGUGCAAAAGUGCCUCACUACACCACUCCAGAAAGAAACAGUAUGUGGACUCGGUCUUCUACUGCAGUUUCACGCUGUUAUGAAAUUAAGGGGAACAGUGAUGGAAGCAUAAGAAAAAAUGAGUCUCUUCCAUUAUUUAGUCAAUCAUUGCAUUUCCAUCCAGACUCAUUACAGACAAGUCUUUCCUCAAAAGAGCUUGAAAAAAAUAGGAAUGAAAUUCUCGGGGGUCUUCCCUGGCAAACUUCCAACAUGGAAAUUAAUCCUAAAGUUCCUGAAUCUGAGAAGAAAGCCUGGUGGCCUGAGGCUGGUGAUGGUCCUGAAAUCAUGUUGACUGAAGCAGUUAGAAGGCUGGCAGGAAGUGGCUCUCCAAAGAAAACCGGAAGGCUGAAUGAAAUUAGUGGAAGGGAUCAGGGGAACAUAGAAAAUCCUAUCAGAAAAUGGUACAUACAAGACAGUCCAACAAAAGGCACCAACAAAAGGAAGACUGAAUCAGAAGGGUUGCAUUCUCUGUCCCUGGGAGAGUCGAACUGUCGGUCAGCUACUGAGAUAAGUAAAUCUUGCCUUACAAAUGGUGACUUAUGCAAUGGUUUUGCACAGACUAAUAUGCUGAGCAUUCCAGGUUAUGCUAAUGAAAUAUUUUCACAACAAAGUACUAACUGUAGCAUAGAUGUGACAUCAAGGAAUCUCCAAAGUGUACAGCAGUGCGACACAAAUAUGACAGUGGUUGACUUGGAGCCAGAGUCUGUCACUUCUGUAACUACACAGAUCUCUGCAAUACAUCUGCAUAUGGGUCAUGAGGCAUCUGUUUCUGAGAAUAAGGAAGAUGAUUCUGCUGUAGAAGGAUAUGGCAACUUUCCAACAUCUCAAGAUCUCGAUAACCAGCUUCAGGAUUGUUUUGAUGAUGAAGAAGAACUUCCAAGUAGCCUUGAAAAUGAAUGCAGUGAUGAUGAUGAUAGUGAUCAGUCAGAUUGUUCUUUAACAGAUGUAUCCUCUUCUGCAUCCUCAAUGGUUGUGCCAAGGAACUACAGUAAAAAGUCUGUCCAAAUAAACACAGAGGAAAAAAUUGUGAAGCCUGCUUUAGUGCCAAGCUUAUUUUCCAAUAUGCCUUCUACCAUCUACUUCAGCACAGCAGAUGAAAUAGUUGAACUGCUGCCACCAGAACAGAGGAAGCUGCUUAAGUGGAAGAUGAGUACAGUUACUCCAAAUGUAGUGAAACUGACAAUAGCAAGAUCACACUUUAAAGUGACUAAGAAAAGCCAUGAUUGGUUAGGCUGUUGGGGUCAUCACAUGAAGUCUCCAGGAUUUAAGGUCAUCAGGGAGUACCAGAAGUUAAAUCAUUUUCCAGGUUCCUUUCAAAUUGGGCGGAAAGAUCGUUUGUGGCGUAACCUUUCCAAGAUGCAGGCACGUUUUGGAAAAAAAGAAUUCAACUUCUUCCCGCAGUCCUUUGUUUUGCCACAGGAUAUAAAGCUGCUUAAAAAGUCGUGGGAGGAAAAUGGUAGCAAACAAAAAUGGAUUGUGAAACCACCUGCAUCUGCCAGAGGAAUAGGGAUCCAGGUAAUUCACAAAUGGAGUCAGCUACCAAAAAGGAGACCCCUUUUAGUACAGAAAUAUCUUCAUAAACCCUACCUCAUCAGUGGAAGCAAGUUUGAUUUAAGAAUAUAUGUUUAUGUCAGUUCUUAUGAUCCACUUCGAAUCUACAUGUUUACAGAUGGCUUGGUCCGUUUUGCAAGUUGCAAGUAUUCCUCUUCAAUGAAGAGUCUGAGCAACAAGUUUAUGCACUUAACUAAUUAUAGUGUGAACAAGAAAAAUUCUGAGUACAAGUCCAACAGUGAUGAGAGUGCCUGUCAAGGUCACAAAUGGGCUUUGAAAGCACUCUGGAACUACUUGAGCCAAAAAGGAGUCAACACUGAUGCAAUAUGGGAAAAAAUUAAGGACAUGGUGAUUAAAACUAUUAUUGCGUCAGAUCCUUAUGUAAACAGCUUGCUUAAGAUGCAUGUGCGUCAUCCAUAUUGCUGCCAUGAACUUUUUGGGUUUGACAUCAUGUUAGAUGAAAACCUUAAGCCCUGGGUCUUGGAGGUUAACAUAUCUCCCAGCCUUCACUCCAAUUCACCAUUGGACAUAAAGGUAAAGGGGCAGAUGAUCAGAGAUUUGUUAAACCUUGCAGGAUUUUUGCUACCUCAGAAAGAAGAUUUGAGUUUGGCAUCUCAUUCAGGUGGCUCAACAAGCAGCUUAUCUGGAAGUGUAAAAGAGAAAUACAGGCAUUUUUCUGAACUUUCAUCAGAUGACAAAAUGAAGAGAGCUUACUACUUAAGCCAGAGAUUUGCAGAUGAGGAGUUCUUAUCUAGUAUCCUAGAUGUUUUAACUCCUGAAGAUAUUCGGAAUCUUUGUGAAACUGAAGAUGAGUAUUGCCGGAGAGGUGAUUUUGAACGUGUUUUUCCUUCAUCUUGUUCUGCUCGUUAUCUCAGAUUUUUUGAACAGCCACGAUACCUAAAUAUUCUUUUGAACCAAUGGGAACAGAAAUACUAUAUGGAUAAAGACAAAGGUAUUGAACUACUGAAAGUUUUCUGUCAAAAAGGAGUUCACUUGGGAGAUAGAUGUGACCCUUCGCAUGUGUGGUCAUUAAAACACAACCCAAAUCUGAAAUCUGAUCCUCACAUUAAUGUUUUUUUCCAAAACGGAUGUCACUAAAGUUGGUUACAAUACCCAUGGAAGAAGGCAAAUGUUGAAUUCAAGAUGGUGACAAAAGAUGCUUGGAUACAGACAGUCUGAGACUGCAUACAGUGUAGAAGAUUUGUGGACCAUUGAUUAUUAACUUAUGCAAUAUGUUUCCAAGAAUAUACAGGAUGUUUCCUUAACCCUUCAAGCACAAGAGAAAUAUUGUACAUGCUUUAGUUUCUGCAUAUCCAUUUCCUGACCUCCUCCUACCAAUAUAUGUGGCCAAUAUGUUUACAGCAGCAGUGUGUUGUAAACAUCAGUUUUUAAACUUCUGGUAAAAAUCAGCAUUUUUGAUUUCUUAAAGAUCAAAAAAAAAAAACAAGGUUCAAUUUUCUAAAAGCUUAAAAAGUAUUUAAUACGCAUAAAACAGUGUUUUCUCUGUCAUAUCAGUUUUUGUAUAGGAAUGAAAGCUAAUCCACUUAAACAUAAAGCUGCAAUCUAAAAUAAUAGUUCUUAAAUUUCCAAUGGAUUACUUGUGCAAUUGCCAGUUGUAUUUCUCAAAUUCAGCUUCAAAUUUUUAAAAUGGCAGUUUUUCCUAGUUUUUUUUUUUUUUUUUUUUUGUUACUGAUUUGAUAAUUAUAGCAUGUAGCUUGUUUACUUUUAGCUGCUAGCUGGCCAACUUUAAUUACAUUUUGCAAUAUGCACUUAUGCAAUAUUCUGAAAAUCCUGAAAUUUUCACGUUUCUCACUAUGGAAACCUUUUUAAAAUUCCCAAAAUCAUUCAUUUUAGUAGAUUGUUUUAUACCUGCAGUGUUGACAGUAUAGUUUAAUAAUACCCUUUUUAAAUUAAAUAUUCAUGUGCACUCGUGCUUUUUAAUAAUUUGCUGUCAAAAACAAACUAUUGUCCUGCAUGUAAUUUUAUGGCUGUUAAAGAAAUGUUCCCCACUCCCCACCACUAAAUAGGAAUAGCACAUGCUACAGUGGUCUUAACAUCAAGUAUACAUUUGAACUGCCAAUAAAAAAAAAAAAAAAAUUAAAAAAAAAGCUGCUAUUAAAAUUGAUGCGUUUUGCAUAAAGCUGGUUUCUGCCCUCUAUCAGAAUGUCUUGUCAUAUACAUUUCCAACAUUGCAUAAUAGGUAAUACCUUUUAAAACUGGCUUGCCAACUAACAGAUAUGGUAAUCUGCUUAAUCCCAAAUAUUGAAAUCCAUAUAAAUGUAUAUAAACUCCCCUUAAUGCCAUUUUCUUUUAGUCUUUGCAGAUCUUUUGAUUAAGUUGUAAUACAGUAUACAAAGUGUAUUUGUCAAUAAGCAAUACUACAGUGCUGCUAUUCUGCAUGAACAGCAAUAAUUGAGUUUUUGUACUGUAUGUUUUUAUAUAGUUCAGAAUUGGAUAAAAUUAACUUGUCACUCUAGUCAAGUGCCUUUUUAAAAAUGUUUUCCUGUUUCAUAUGUCAAUUAUGGCACUUCAACAUGAAUCCUUUAGGAGAGUGGCACGUGGUAUGUUAUGGCACACUUGCACUGGAAUUCUGGAGUACUGAAUUUUCUGGACAUCAGACAGAUAAAAAAAACAAGUGUUCUUUUUUUUAGUGGCCUAAUGUAAUAAAUUUGGAUUGCACAAAGUGCAGAGCAGUGCUUUCUCAUUUUAUCCUUUAAGGUAUUUCUUCAACAUUUUUCAAAUGUGCCUUUUUAAAUUAUAUUGCUUAUCCCCAAUAAUUGCUUGUUAAAUUUUUCUUUAAACAUCACAUUGUAAGUAGCUGUUUGGAUAUCAGUCGUAAUUUUAUGGUAAAUUUAGGCAACAGUUCCAGGCUUUACGAUUUUUAGGUUUUUUUUUUUUUUAUAUAUAUAUAUAUAAUGUGCUUUUUACAUCUUUCAGACAGUGAAAAUGCCAUUGAUAGGACAGGUACACCACCCAACUUGGGGUAGAGCUAAAAACGAUAAUCAUUUGUUUCCCCAGGGUGUUACAGUCUUAAGAGUUGACAAAAAUUUUGGAGUGUAAUGAAAUUACAACUUGUUGCAAACUGUAAUUUUCUUAUUUAAUUUUUGUGUUUGGGUAUAUUCUGUAUUCUUGGUGCUAAACUUUAAACUAUGGUUUUGUAUGUUAUUUAACUCUUGGGGGGGGGGGGGGGUAGAAUGCGAUCAUAAAGUAAGCAUACCUGUUUUUCCUUUUUAAUUAACCUAUUAUUGCUUACUUUUUAAAAAAAAUUCUAAUUCAUUUUCUUUCAUUUUGUAAUGUUUGUAAACAAGCCAAUUUGAAAAUCUGGAAAAAAAAGCUGCUCCUCUUGUACUUAACAUUUUAUUAUUGGAUGCCCACAGAUAAUACCAUGUGACAAAGCAGAAUUAUGUAUUAGCUGUGUGUGUAUGUAUGUAUCUCUGCAGAUGGCAUUUGGAGGGUGACUAUUUACUGAAUAUUCAGUUUUAUAAUUGCCUUGGCUGUGAAAUGGUUACUUGAGUUUACAUAAAUUAUUUCUGAUUGAAAAUUGUAAUAUGUUUCUAUAUUAAAGAAGACUUUUUUUUAUUUAAACAUGAAUCUAAUAAAAAUGA